AUGGCCGAGCCGGAGCAAGCCUACGCCAUCCACAUCGACGACCCUAAGGGCAACAACCUCGGAGCCACGGUAGGUAAAUGGGAGGUUGGCUUCUGCGACUGCUUCACGCACUGCGUGCCCAACUGCCUCAUGGUCACGUGCUGCCCAUGCAUCUCGCUCGCCCAAAUCUCGGCGCGUCUCGGCAUGAUGGACUAUUCGCUGGCUAUGGUGCUGUUCGUCCUCCUCUACGUCUUUACAGGAGGAAUCGGUGCUAUCGCAGGCGCAGUUUGGCUGUGGCAGGCGCGUACCAAGACCCGCGAGCGUUUCCAGAUCCCUGGGAGCUGCUGCGGAGACUAUUGCGCUGCUUUUUGCUGCGGAUGUUGUGCGAUGGCGCAGCUGGCGACGCACAUCAAGAGCUACAAACCCGGAAGCUGUGACUUCCUAGCCCAGGACACGCUACCUGCAUACAGCCGCUCGUAA